AUGAUAAGGACAAUGAGAUUUUCUCAAUUGAAAGUGCAGAUUAAAGGCGAUAAUGACCCUAUAUCACAGUAUAAUAUUGUUAUCCAGCAAUACAACGACCCAGUUAACAGAGAAAACGAGAAAUAUUUAGCGAAGGCUCCAAAUAGUGUCCUAUAUAAAUUUUGAUAUGCUAUGCAAUGCAAAUACCCGAUUUUUCUCAUUGUAUUAUAUGUCAUCCCAUAUAUAAAUUUGCUGUCACUGUUUGGGAAUAUUUUAGCAAUAAUUUUUCACGAAUCUGCCUUAUGCAUUUUUAAUUCAAAUCAUCGCAAAAUCGAAGACCCAUUAGCGAAAAUGAUUUAUAACCCUUUAUUAUGCAACCAGAGUUCAUCAUCAUAUCUCUUUUAUGAAGUCGAAGAAAAUCAGCUGUAUUCCUUCAAUUUGCAUAGAGAUGUCCUACACAAUUUAAAACUUAGGAAACAUAGAUAUGAUAGCAAAAUUCGGUUCAUGGUUUACAACAAUGACUUUUUAUCAGGCUACCACAGCAUGGUUAAAUCUAGAUGGAUCAUUAUGAUGCAUGCUGCGUUAAAUCUUAUGCUGUUUUCAGUCAUAUAUUAUUUUGUGAUGAUGCAUUAUUUUUGUUUUGACAUCUUCAACCCAAGCCGUAUAGUUCAAAACUGUGGUCCUUAA